AUGACCUUUAUAGUUGUUGUGUGCCAUGGUGAGUUUCAGAUGUCAGAAACAGAUUUCAAAGUGGUGUCAGAGACUUUCACAUUCCCAGCUGAUUCAGCUCCCUUCAAGAGCUGUCAUGCCUCUACCAUCGUCGAGGUUGAGAAAGAUCAAUUUUUGGCUGCGUAUUUCGGAGGCAGCAGGGAAGGAGCACCUGAUGUCAAAAUAUGGUUGCAGCAUUUCAAGGAUUGUCAAUGGAAUUCACCGGUUAUCGUUGAUGAAGAGGCAGGAGUUCCAAUGUGGAACCCUGUCUUGUUCAAACUUCCAUCUCAAGAGCUCUUAUUGUUCUACAAAAUCGGCCAGGAGGUUCAAAAAUGGAGCGGUUGCAUGAAACGAUCAUAUGAUAAAGGUAAAACUUGGACUAACAGAGAACAGCUUCCUCCAGGGAUUCUCGGACCCAUCAAAAACAAGCCUAUUUUGCUAGAAGAUGGGACUCUCCUUUGUGGAUCAUCUGUUGAAAGUUGGAAUUCUUGGGGAGCUUGGAUGGAGGUCACUUCAGACGCGGGUAGGUCAUGGAAAAAGAAAGGCCCAAUAUACUGUAAAGGGAAGAGUCUUAGCGUGAUCCAACCAGUUCCAUACCAAACCGAAGCUGGGACAUUACGUGUUUUACUCAGAUCAUUCGCCGGCAUUGACAGAAUCUGUAUCUCUGAAUCUUCCGAUGGCGGUGAGAAUUGGAGUUUUGCAACAACAACAGUUCUCCCAAACCCUAAUUCAGGUAUUGAUGGAGUGAAGCUAAAAGAUGGUAGGCUAGUGCUUGCUUACAACACAGACUCGAGAGGUGUGCUCAAAGUAGGAGUUUCACUCGACGACGGUGAUGUUUGGACCGAUGUUUUGACGUUGGAGGACUCUCCGGGGAUGGAGUUUUCGUAUCCAGCUGUUAUACAGUCCCUCGACGGGAAUGUCCACGUCACUUAUACAUAUAACAGGACACAAAUUAAGCAUGUUGUGAUCAAGACUGCGACAGAUAUCGAUUCGAAGCCCAUACCGGACGAGACGGUGAAGCAUGAGGAGGACACGUGGACUUGGGUUUGUACGAAGCAACUUUAA